CUGCCGUCGGUCAUGCGCAAAGAAUCGGCCAACCGAUUGCUGUACUCAUCUCCAUAUACACACAAAAAUGUUUGCUCUUCGCCGAACUCUCGCCACUGGUGUCCGUCAGGUUGCUGCCCGUCGCACCUUUUCCUCCGCUCUUGUAUUGAGGAACGAGAACAAGCAGGUCGAGGCCCUUCAGAAGGAGUUCGAGCAGGUCAAGGGCUUCGAUGACCUCCUCCCCGCUGGUGCGCCCGAGGGUACUGUCCCCACUGAGGCCAACCAGGCUACUGGUUUGGAGCGUUUCGAGUAUCUCGCCAAGGUUGCCGGUGUGGAGCCUUUUGACAUGGCUCCUCUGGAUGCCUCUCGCUUGGGUACUAUGAAGGACCCUAUCAUGGUUCCCUCUCUCGAGCCUAUGCGUAUUAUUGGGUGCACUGGUUACCCCGCUGACUCUCACGAGAUUAUGUGGAUGCGGGUUCACAAGGAUGGACCUAACACCCGCUGCUUCGAUGGUUCCGUUUACAAGCUUAACCACACCGGUAACCCAGAUGCUGACCCCCACCACCACUAAAUUUGAUACCUCUGAAUGGGGGAGGAUGUUGAGGUUCAGGUCGUUGCUCAUAAGUAGAGGAGCCAUUGCCGGACCUGAAAGAUGUGCUGUCAUAUUCUAAUACAAAAACACACAACAAUCUUGUACCUCUUGCGUUUGUAAUACGGAACGUUCGGCAAAGAUUAAGGUUUCAUGUACGACGCUG